UAUCGGUCUACAGAUCUAAUCAAGCCUUGCAUCAUAAUGUUAUUUGGACUAUUGUGUGUGUUAUUGUGCUUCCGUGCAAUUUUCACUGAAAAAACGCAAUGCCCCGAGCUAAACAAUCCUGCUUACGCUGUUCAUAUACCUCACCCAACUGAAUGUGGAAAAUUCUUUACCUGUGUAUGGGGUCAAUCAGUGCUACAGAAUUGCCCAAAAGGUCUCCAUUGGAACAAUCAACUACAAACCUGUGAUUGGCCUAAUAACGCAAACUGCAAUACUGAUAUCGGAUCGCUAUGCGUAACAGGCGAUAUGACACCACACGAAGAUUGCAACAAAUUUUAUAUAUGUGUAAAUGGCUAUAAAAUGGUCCACAUAUGCCCUUCUGGAUUAAAUUUUAAUUCAAAGGCUAAUGUAUGUGAUUUUCCUAUUAAUGCCAAUUGUAAUGUAAACUCUAGUACAGUUACCAAACCAUCAAUAACUGUAACAGAAAGUACAAGCACUGAAGAAGAUCAGUUUACAUCUGAAGAAUCGAGUACAGUAGAAAGCCCUUCUACUGAAACAACAGAGAAGGAUACAACGGAUGCUGAGUGGUCAUCAAAUGAAUCAAAUGGAUCGACGGUUGUGGAAGAAUCCACAUCAUCUUCAUACCUUUCUACAUCUGAAGCAAUUACUGAAGCACAAUCGAGUACAGUGGAAAGCAGUUCAACUGAAACAACAGAAAAGGAUACAACAGAUGCUGAAUGGUCAUCAACUGAAUCAAAUGGAUCGACGGUUGUGGAAGAAUCAUCAGCAUCUUCAUACCACUCUACAUCAUCGCAAUCACCAUCUACAGACCUGUCUACAUCUGAAGCAAUCACCGAAGCACAAUCGAGUACAGUAGGAAGCGUUUCUACAGGCUCGUCAUCCACAAUCACCGAAGCACAAUCGAGUACAGUAGGAAGCGUUUCUACAGGACCGUCAUCCACAAUUACCGAAGGCAGCGUUUCUACUGAAACAACAGAAGCUGAGUGGUCAUCAACUGAAUCAAAUGGAUCGACGGUUGGGGAAGAAUCAUCAGCAUCUUCAUACCACUCCACAUCAUCGCAAUCACCAUCUACAGACCUGUCUACAUCUGAAGCAAUCACCGAAGCACAAUCGAGUACAGUAGGAAGCGUUUCUACAGGCUCGUCAUCCACAAUCACCGAAGCACAAUCGAGUACAGUAGGAAGCGUUUCUACAGGACCGUCAUCCACAAUCACCGAAGCACAAUCGAGUACAGAAAGCAGCGUUUCUACUGCAACAACAGAAGCUGAGUGGUCAUCAACUGAAUCAAAUGGAUCGACGAUUGUGGAAGAAUCAUCAUCAUCUUUAGACCCGUCUAAAUCUGAAACAAUCACUGAAGCUCAAUCGAGUACAGUAGGAAGUGUUUCUACUGAAACAACAGAAAAAGAUACUACGGAUGCUGAAUCAAAUGGAUCGACGGUUGCGGAAGAAUCAUCCUCAUCUUCAAACCCGUCAACAUCAUCGCAAUCAUUAUCUUCAAACCCGUCUACAUCAUCGCAAUCAUCAUCGUCAGACCCGUCUACAUCAUCACAAUCAUCUUCAGACCCAUCUACAUCUGAAGCAAUCACCGAAGCACAAUCGAGUACAGUAGGAAGCGUUUCUACAGGCUCGUCAUCCACAAUCACCGAAGCACAAUCGAGUACAGUAGGAAGCGUUUCUACAGGACCGUCAUCCACAAUUACCGAAGCUCAAUCGAGUACAGAAGGCAGCGUUUCUACCGAAACAACAGAAGCUGAGUGGUCAUCAACUGAAUCAAAUGGAUCGACGGUUGGGGAAGAAUCAUCAGCAUCUUCAUACCACUCUACAUCAUCGCAAUCAUCAUCUACAGACCUGUCUACAUCUGAAGCAAUCACCGAAGCACAAUCGAGUACAGUAGGAAGCGUUUCUACAGGCUCGUCAUCCACAAUCACCGAAGCACAAUCGAGUACAGUAGGAAGCGUUUCUACCGAAACAACAGAAGCUGAGUGGUCAUCAACUGAAUCAAAUGGAUCGACGGUUGUGGAAGAAUCAUCAUCAUCUUUAGACCCGUCUAAAUCUGAAACAAUCACUGAAGCUCAAUCGAGCACAGUAGGAAGUGUUUCUACUGAAACAACAGAAAAAGAUACUACGGAUGCUGAAUCAAAUGGAUCGACGGUUGCGGAAGAAUCAUCCUCAUCUUCAAACCCGUCAACAUCAUCGCAAUCAUUAUCUUCAAACCCGUCUACAUCAUCGCAAUCAUCAUCGUCAGACCCGUCUACAUCAUCACAAUCAUCUUCAGACCCGUCUACAUCUGAAGCAAUCACCAAAGCACAAUCGAGUACGAUAGGAAGCGUUUCUACUGAAACAACAAAAAAGGAUACAACAGAUGCCGAGUGGUCAUCAACUGAAUCAAACGAAUCGACGGUUGUGGAAGAAUCAUCAUCAUCAUCAGAAGAUCAGUCUACAUCUGAAACAAUCAAUGAAACAGAAUCAACGUCAACACAGGUAACGUCAACACAGAUAACUAGAACACAAGAAUCAACAGCUGGUUCGCUAUCAACUGAACCAACCGAAUCGAGAACGACAACGACAGCAGCGCUAACAACAACUUCAGAUGUUUAUUGGACCUGAAUUACACGAGAACUGGUUAUUUAUUUUUAAUCUAUUGAAACGAUUAAAUCGUCAAGUACUGUCAAAUCAUCAGAGUCAGAAGAUCAGUGUACAACGAAUCGAAUUAUCGAGAUAAAAAUUGUUUACUAGCACAUGCUCCAACAACUAUAACAUGCAAAUAGGCAGUUAAAACUUCUUUUGCAAUUUAAAUAUUGUGGAACGUAAAAAACAACUAUUGAACAAUGGUUGUGUGAAGAAAUAGUUAUAAUCAACGAGGGAAGAACUGUAAACUGUUCACACAACUUGCAAUGAAACGAAUUAAAACGAAUAUUUAGAAAACGAAGUAUAAUAACCGAAAAUAACAUUGCUUUCGUUCGAAAUGUUGCAGUUUCACAUACCCAUCUAUAGUAUCUCUAAUUUUAUGUUGUCUUUUUUAUUCAUAUAUAAACUAAACAAAAAAAGUGUUUCUCUAUUACAUUUCUUUAUCUUGUAUCUAAACGCCGAAUAAACUUAUUUUAUCGUGUGUCUUCA